CGCUCCUGAUUAAUGUGCGCUGUGGAGCUGCGCGUUGAGCGUCCGUUUGGCGGCAAGUCGUAAUCACCGCCAUCUUGUCUUCACGUCGUUCUCCCUUGUUUGCGGCAUGAGCGCCCAAACUUCCGCAGAAGCGGCGGAUUCAAGCUCCACAACAAACGCCAACUCAACACGAGAUGCAGGUAACACCAGUGGAGCCAUUGACAGCCACAGAUGUGGCACAUGUGGGCAGGAGUUUCGGGGCCUACCAGAGUUCCUCCAACACAAGCUCAACACAGUGGCCUGUCGUGACUCCGAGCUCAGCGAUUGGUGGGAACAACAGAAGAAGACCCUGCUAGCACAGGGACAGGACGCUACGGAAAAGACACAAGAUGAAAGUAGUGGAGAUGCUGUCCAUUCUGAGGCAAGCACGGGGCCGGGAGAUACCACUGAUGACAUGGAAGAGGGGGAGGUCCGUGCAGGGACUAAAGAGAGAGGAGACGCGAUGCCAGGACAGGCUCCGUCCUCAGAGGAUGACCCGUCUGACAUACCUCAGGGUUCUGUAACGUCUGUGGAUGGGAGGAGGUCAGCAAGGCAUGCUGCUAGGCAAGCACUGGAGGCUUCAAAGAAGCCCGCUGGAACAUCCUUGGAUGAAGACGAUAGGCCGUUGACCUCCAAGACGAACACAUGUGCCAUCUGUUCUAAACACUUCCAGAACUCCUACUACCUGCACAAACAUGAGCUGAGCCACAAGGAGGGCAAGACUGUGGAGUGUAACAAGUGUAACAAGUUCUUCAGACGACCGUCAGACUUGCGUGCACAUCAGCGCAGUCACAGGAGUACCCGGCCGUUUUCAUGUGAAGUGUGCGGCAAAUCCUUUAAACAGCAACAAGUACUGAGAGCCCAUCUGAAGACUCAUGCAGACAAGAGAGAAUUUAAGUGUUCUAGGUGUGGAGACGAGUUUAAGACAAAAGGGUCGCUGAAGAGGCACGAGCGUAGGCACACAGGUGAAAGGCCUUAUAAGUGUAACAAAUGUGGCCGUGGGUUCUCGGAGUCCGGCGCCCUGCUACGGCACCACAAAGCGCUCAUCUCGUGCACAGACAAGGCGAAAACGUCCAACUUCAGCCAGGUCAGGAUUCGCCCCGUUGACAACUUCGACGCAUCAGAGACUCUUACGCAUCACAUGACCAGGAGCAGAACAAGGAAUGCUGGGAAUGUGGCAGCAGAGGAUCCUGGGAUGGGAGCAGAGGAUUCUGGGAUGGCAGAAGAGGAUGCUGGGAUGGCAGCAGGGGAUGAUGGGAAUGGAGAAGCAGGGGAUGAUGGGAUGGAAGAGGCUGAGCCUGUUGCUGUAGAGCUAGGGAUGACCUCUGUUGAAGGUCAUCUAGAGGGGGUACAAGUUGAGGAAGCUACCACUGCUGCAGAGGGGGAGGAGCCCCUGGACAGUGUUGAGGAAGGGGACAGUGAAGAGAAUGAGCAACCCAGCCCUCAGGAGUUACCUAACCAGUGUCGUGUGUGUAAGGUGGUCCUCACAAACAGUCACAACCUGAAACUGCACCUGCUAGCCGCGCAUCUACAGGAUACGCCGUUCCGCUGUGGUUUGUGCGCGUUUUGCACGGGGGAGCGGUCGGACCUGCAGAAGCACAUGUUGAUGAAGCACCGGCGGCACCUGGGGGAGGGGCAGUACCUGGACGUGGUGCAGGUGGACGGGCAGGGAAACAUCCGGCCACUCCCCAGGCCGCAUGACAAGCGCAUGCCGGAGAUGACCGCUGGGGGGACGGAGGAGGAAACAGCGGCGGAUCUGCUUGGAGAGGCGAUGGCUAACUCUGGGAUCUCCUCAGAUGAGACAGAGAUGGUGGAUGCUGCCAUCAACACAGAGGAGACCUCCCUUGAUGGGGGUGGGAACCCUGCAGCAAGCGCCGCCUUGGAACAACUGUUGGAACUGCAGCAUAUGACAGAGACUACAAGCCAGCCUCCUGUACACAGCCGUAGAACCCUGCACAAGUGUCCACAUGAAGGCUGCAACCGUAGUUUCCGGGGGUCCAGCUAUCUCAAACUCCAUCUAAGGUCCCAUUCAGGAGAGCGCCCAUUCAAGUGCAGUAUGUGCGAUGGACACUUUGUUUCCCGCGACUCCCUGAAGCGACACAUUGUGUCACACACGGACGAACGGAGGUACAAGUGCGGGGAGUGCGGAAAGCUGUACAAGCGUAUCUCCCACGUGAAGGAACAUCUACGUGUUCACUGUCCGGACAAGCCCUUCCAAUGUCCCCACUGUAAAAAACAUUACAAGACUCAGAGCUCACUUAGAGUCCACCUACGAACCCAUGACAACGCCAUGCCAUUUUCCUGCGAGUUCUGCGAUCGAAGCUUUCGCGAGAAGGCGUCGCUGGUCCGCCACCUGAGGACACACACGGGAGAAAAGCCCUUCAAGUGUACGAGGUGCAACAGGGGGUUUGCUGAACAUGGAACACUCAGGAGGCACCUGAGAGCAAAGGGUGGAUGUCGGAUAGAUGCAGCAGAGGAGGUCCCCACAGUGUUGGUAGAG